AACAUGUGAAAUGAUUAGAAUUGAUGGCUUAUCUUGGUCAGAAUAUUGUGAAAGUAUUGGGGCAGACUGUGUACAAGGUUACUACAAUGCCACUUGCAGAUGCCACAAUGGAUCUAAAUUCGAGAAUGAUUCUUGUAGAGAAACUUGCGAAGUGAUCAGAGAUGACGGAAUAUCUUGGUGGGAAUAUUGUGCAAGUCUUAAUGCAAGUUGCCUAAUAACAGAUGAAUUUGCCACUUGUGUAUGCCCGUAUGGAUUUACAUUCUUAAAUGGUUCUUGUAUAAGUAAAAAAAGAAACAACUGUUGGAAAAACUGCCUAAAUGGAGGAAACUGCACUCUUAGAGCAGGCAGACAAAUUUGUAAAUGUCCAAUUGAGUUCUGGGGUGAAAAUUGCGAAAAAGUAAAUUUUUGUAAAAUUCAUCAUCAAGACGGACUUUCCGGCGAAGAUUACUGCGAAAGAGGGGAUGCGAAAUGUUUGAAUGACGAUAGUCUAAAUUGCCAUUGUUAUAACCCUCAUAGAUAUUUCGAUUAUGAAAGUGGAACGUGCAUUAAUCCAUGCACAACCUGGCCAUGUAGAAACGGCGGAACUUGCAUGUUUAACGAAAAUAGAAAUUCGACGUGUUUGUGCACUCCUUACUUCACUGGAAACAGGUGUGAGUAUGUCAACUGGUGCAAAGUAAAAAGAAUUUCUGGAAAAUCAGCCGAGGAUUAUUGCCUCGCGUAUGGUGCCCAUUGCGAAAUGACAGGAAGUGGAAGAGUAGGAUGCCACUGUAAUACUAAUUAUUCCGAAUUUGACUACUCGUUACGUGCUUGUAUUAAAAUUGACAUGUGUGCCAUAAAUAGAAAAGGAUUUCAGGUGUGUUCUCAAAAGAACGCUAUUUGCAAAAACGACAGAUUUGCUAAAUCAGGCAGCAGAUAUACGUGCGAAUGUCCGCCAGAGACUGUACUGGAAAAUGGAAUUUGUAAAAAAAGAAAUGCGUGUGAGAAAGGAGAAAAAGGGCAUGAGAUAUGCAACCUCUUAAAUGCUGAAUGCAAACUAAAUAGUUCUAUAUCAAAUGGGUUCGAAUGCAAAUGUUCACUCGAAUAUGCUCCAAAUAAUUACGGAAGAUGUAUAGAUACCAAGAUAUGCUACGAAGGACACCAAGGCUUUAGUGAUUGCAACAGGAGAGAUGCAGUGUGUUUACAUAAUUUUGAUAACGAAAUUGGUUAUCAAUGUGAAUGUAGACCAGGAUAUAAGAAGUCUAAAAUAGGAAAAUGUAAUGAAAUUACCGAAUGUGACGAAGGGGAAGUCGGUUUCUUAGAAUGUAAUAUCAAAAAUGCAGUUUGCGUGCGGGAUGUCAGCAGGUAUAAGAGAUACUUUUGUGUUUGUCCGGAGAAUUACGCUACGGAUCGAAGUGGUCGAUGUCUGAAGAAGUAUCAUGGUAAUAAGAAGAAUAACGAAAUUAAUAUAAUUAGCGAUAAUGAUCCGUGUCAGAAAGGAAACGUAGGAUACGAAAAGUGCUUAAAGGAAAAUGCAAUUUGUAUUGUUUCAACGAAAAGUAAUUCGUUUUCGUGUCAUUGUCGCCCAAAGCAAAGAAAAAAUUCGAAUGAAACUUGCACAGAUUUGAAUGUUUGCGAGCAUGGAGAACUCGGUUAUAAAGAAAGUACACUGCUAUCCGUUAAAUGUGUAAAAGUUGCAAGUUUGCAAAAAGGUUAUGAAUGUAAAUGUACAGAAGGAGAAACAGUUGAUCCCUCUGGAAGAUGUAUCAAGUUGUAGAUAACCUUUAACUGAAGCAAAUACAUUAUAUUAAUAUAUUGGCAUUUAUGAAUUUUAUUCUCUAUUUUAAUUUUAAUUUAAAAUCAAUUAUUUUAAGAUAGCAAUGGACACGAAAAACUUUUCGAGCGUUAAGAUUAAUUCUUAGUAUGUUGUCACUUUGUAGUUCAGAUUCUAUAAAAACAAAUUCUAUAAUUAAACAUUUUAGAUAUAAAUUAAAAUUUGUUAAUUUGUCACGCUA